AUGAUCACCCGCAAAAUCGUUCCCCUAAUAUUCUUUGCCUCAACAAUAUUACACAAUCUAUUGAAACCUGAAACGGAUCAGAAUGGUCUCCAAUACACCGAAUACAUCGCCAUGAUCACCUUAGUUGGUACAUGUCUUGAAUUGAUCCGUUAUGUUCAACGAAUUCUGAAGGUCAACGAGGUCCGAUGGUCUAGAAAUGAGUUGCUGAUUGGAUACAUGGCAGUGAUUCUAUGGGCGAUGAGAUCCAGAUAUUUACAGUGUUAUUCGGGAUACGAUGAAAAGGUGUACUCACCUAUGAUCGCUACUGUAAGUACUCCACGCCAAAGUAUUCUCUCACGUCUCCUGGUUUUUACCGAGACCCAAAUUCUUCUGGCUAUUCCUCAUUUUUACUUGGUAUCUGCCGCUAUUGAUACGGGGAAUCGGAUUCAAUUAUGCUCAUGGAUACUCUCUUUUAUGAGCUCUCAGCACAUCUACAAGAUUUUGGUGAGCCAGAGACCUGAACCUGCUCCUGCUGCUCCUGCCGCCACUAUUAACAUCCGAGAUCAACCAGAAGCGAGAGCAGAACCGAGAGCAGAAGUACCUGACAAUCACGAAGAGGAAGAAAAUUUUGGAACAAGAAUUCAAGCUGCUUGGUAUCCGAUCGGACAAUCCAUCGAAGAAAAAAACCAUAUAUGUUUUGACCUACUGAUCGGGCGCUUCAAAAACUUUGCAGCCCCAUUCAAAAUCCGGAAUGCAGUCAACAAGAUGGAAGAAAAACGCAGACAUCGAGACCAGAAAAACGAGCUCCUCGGAUUGCCGAACUUUUUUGAUGACACUGAUUUUUUCGACGAUCUUGAAAACGUGACCGGCAUAACAGGGUACAUUAAUCUAGAAGUGGGGCUACUGUAA